AUGGAUAAAGGAAUUCAAGGUUCUUCCAUAAAAAUGCCUCUUACAAUCAUAAGACCUACUUUUGAUGGUCUUGAAUUACCCAAAAUUAGUAUGGAGCAGAGUAUUGGGAUGGAGAAACCAAUUGAGGAGGAAGAAGUGAAGAAAGUGAUUUGGGGUUUUGGGAGAAACAAGUCACCUGGACCUGAUGGUCAUACAAUGAAGUUUUUCAAAGCUGUAUGGGAUAUUAUUAAGCCAGAGUUAAUGGUUGUUAUGAAGGAGUUAGAACAAACUGGAAAUAUUGAUUGGAGGUUGAAUCGCACAAAUAUUAUUCUUAUACCUAAGUAUAGUAGGCAGAUAACAGAUGUAAUUUUAAUUGCAUUAGAGCUUAUAGAUUCAAGAGAAAGAGAAGGCAAACCUGGUUUGAUUUUGAAGCUGAAUUUAGAAAAAGCAUUUUAUAGUGUUAGUUGGAGUUGUCUUGACUAUACAAGAAGCUCCAAAUGUAUUAAGAAAGGAAACCCAAUGUCUCCAUUUCUGUUUAUUAUGGUGGUUGAAGUGUUAUCUGUUCUGAUCAAGAAGGCAAUACUUUGA